UACAAAAAGUUCCCAUGUUCCUACUUAACUCUCAAGCACGUGCCUGCCGUUGAUCAUAUCUUGUAACUCUGAUCCGUGAUCCCGUUGAUUCUCGAAUGCGCCAAUCAAACGGUAGCACAUUGUAAUAUUGUGCUCCCCGAAUCACAGGAUAAAAGAGUAACUUGAAAAGCAGAGCAAGAGGAAAUUAACCGCUCUUCCAGAGCCAGAAAAACAAACGGUUUUACGAGCUCACUCUAGCUACCAAUAUCACAUUUUCCUCUCUCUCAAGGUCCAGCAAUGGAAUCGCGCGUCUUGUCUCGUGCCACCACCGUCGCUCACGUGCGUAGGCCACUGCGAGAGAGCAACGGCAACGCUAGCUGCAGCUUCUUGUCAAUCAAACCGAUCGGAGCAGUCAGUGAGGGCGGGAAUCUGAUAUGGGGAACGCAACUUCGGCCGUCUCUUCUUCUAGAAGCAUCUUAUCCGGUUACCGCAAGGAAGGAGAUUCUCUGGCCGGUUAUGGCAGCGGCUUCGUCUCCUGCAGAAGGAAGUGAUUCCUCCGGGGAUGGGAAGGUGGCUCCGGUUGGGUUUUUCGACAAAUAUCCAGCUCUUGUUACCGGUUUUUUCUUCUUCAUGUGGUACUUUUUGAACGUGAUAUUUAACAUACUUAACAAGAAGAUUUACAAUUACUUCCCCUAUCCAUAUUUUGUGUCGGUGAUUCAUUUGUUUGUUGGGGUGGUAUACUGUUUGGUGAGCUGGGCUGUGGGCCUUCCUAAGCGCGCUCCUAUGGACUCAAAUCUCCUGAAGCUGUUGAUACCUGUUGCUGUCUGUCAUGCAUUAGGUCAUGUGACCAGUAAUGUCUCAUUUGCAGCGGUUGCUGUCUCCUUUACUCACACAAUAAAAGCACUUGAGCCCUUCUUCAAUGCUGCUGCUUCUCAGUUCAUAUUGGGACAGCAAAUACCCAUAACUCUAUGGCUAUCGCUCGCGCCUGUCGUUCUUGGUGUGUCCGUGGCAUCAUUGACCGAGCUCUCAUUUAAUUGGACUGGCUUUAUUAGUGCUAUGAUUUCCAACAUCUCCUUCACUUACAGGAGUAUCUACUCAAAGAAAGCUAUGACUGAUAUGGACAGCACUAAUAUUUAUGCUUACAUUUCCAUCAUUGCGCUCAUUGUCUGCAUUCCACCUGCCAUUAUUCUCGAGGGACCCCAACUGAUCAAGCAUGGCUUUAGUGAUGGAAUUGCUAAAGUGGGUCUAACCAAAUUCAUCUCAGACCUCUUUUGGGUUGGAAUGUUUUAUCACCUCUACAAUCAGUUGGCUACCAACACCUUGGAAAGGGUUGCACCUCUUACACAUGCAGUGGGCAAUGUGCUGAAACGUGUGUUUGUGAUUGGCUUUUCCAUCGUAAUCUUUGGUAACAAAAUUUCAACACAAACUGGUAUCGGAACUGCCGUUGCAAUUGCCGGAGUGGCAACCUACUCUUACAUCAAGGCCAAGUUGGAGGAGGAGAAACGACAAGGGAAAGCAGCAUGAGAAGGAAAGAGGCAUUGGCCAUGGGCGAGGUAACCUUGUUUGUAAAGUAAAAUCCCACUGUUCCGAUGAUAAAAAUGACAAAAUGAGCUAGUAUCUUGUUGUCAUUAUGGAGUUAUUUUUUCUUUCAUCAAUCUUGUUUGAUUCAGAGUACAGACUAUAUAUUGCUAAUUUGCAAUCAGCUUAUGUUCAAUAGAAAUAAUGCAUCAGUACUUGCUCUGUC